AUGAGACUCCCCAUUGUCGUUGCGGCGCUGGCCAGCCUCGCCGGCGCCUAUGUGUUGGACAAGACCUUGCCCGCAACCAAGAUGGCAUACGAGCCUUCCAUGGGGAGCUGUAGCGCCAUCUCCACGGCGUUGAUCGAACCCUGCUUCGGCACGUUCAUGUUCUGCGCAUUCGGGCACUACAAAGACAACAACGAGACGUACGCGAGCGGUCAAGCCUGUGCUGCGGAUCGCGGCCUCAAUAUGGCUGCCACCGUCCCCGGCAUCAUCGACGAGGAGGCUUACAAGACGGCUGCCGCGAGUCUCUCUCGUGCGAAUCAGUAUAUUGCGAAAUAUUACCAGAGUUGGCUCGGCGCGUGGCAGAGAGCCCAGAGGCCCAGACUGGAAGGGGGAGGAGACGAGGACUUUGCUGCCCGCGCAAAGCGGAUCAGGGAGUCCAAGCAGCGAAUGGCGGAGCGGACGCUCGACAAGAGCAACGCGGACCGGGAAGUAGAGGCGGCGAAGGAGGCGAUUCAGGCUGCCACGGUACCGGAAGUUGCCAGGGAGAUUUUGAAGAUGGUCGACCAGGCCGGAAGGUACACCGCCGACGAUUUUUACAGCAAGAAAAAGGUGCAUGGGUGGUAUAUGGAUGCGCUCACGUGGAUGCAACAGGCCAUGUACUUGGAGGAAUGA